UGACCACCUAGAAACAACAUUGGGAGGAGUUUAUGAUGGCUUCUUUACUUUCUGGCUUAGAUCCUGAGUUGGGAGGGUUCAAAGAUCAAAUUCUUGCCAGUGACACUCUACCUUCGGCCGCCAAUGCCUAUUCUAGGCUGUUACGCUCUUCAUUGGGACAAGCACAAUCCACUGUUGGGUCUUCUUUAUCAUCUUCUGCAUUGGUUUCCAGUAGUAGUAGUGAUCAUGGGUCUACUCGCGGGGGUUUUCAUAGUUCUUUUGGUUCCCGGAGCUCUUCUUCUGGUUUUCGGGGCUCUCGUGGAGGUGGUUCUCGUAGUGGUGGCUCACGUGGUGGUUUCCGUGGUGGCAGUAGUAGUGGACCUGGUUCUCAUACACGUGGUGAUCGCAAGUGUACUCAUUGUGGUUCCCAAGGUCAUACUGAACCUUGGUGUUGGCAAAAGCAUGGCAGACCUGAUCAUGUCCAUCAGGUUAUGGAUGUCCCCUCCUCACAGUCUUCCUUGUUGUCCACUGGCUCGGAUGCUUCUCCUGUUACUUCGCAUGAGACACUCACUACUCAAAUUAGUGAGCUUACUGCCCUUGUCCAGUCUCUCCGGCCUAGUCUACCUUCUUCCUCUACUACCAUGGCUAGUUCAGGUAAUAUUGCAUGUGUGGCUAAGUCCUCUCAGCCUUGGCUCCUAGACUCUGGUGCUAGUUCUCAUGUCUCUGGACCUCCAGACCAAGAGGAUGAUUGGUUCGGGGCAUGAGAAGGAUGGCUUAUACUUUUUGGACGCUGAGACGUCUCCUCCUCCAUCUGCUGUGUUGAGUGCUAGUGUAUCUCCUCUUCAGUGGCAUUUUCGCUUGGGUCAUCCCUCCUUGGCCAAGCUCAAGUUAGCUGUUCCGGGUUUGAGUCAUGUUUCUCAGA